ACAGUCCAUGGAGUUGUAGAGUCCAACAUGACUGAGCGAUUAACACUUUAACUUCACUUCACUUCAAGAACCAUCUUAAUAAUGUAUUUAGAACUGGGUGAUCUAACAAAACGUACAGUCACAUUUAUCUAAAAUGUUUUUCAGAGUUCCAACUUGUCUUAAAAUUCUAUCACACUGCAUUUUUCCUGGGAUGUUUUUCUAUUAAAAAAAAAAAAGUGGCUGUACAUUCAUUAAUGUGAUAUGUAUUUGUUACAGGCUUACCAUGUGUAGAGCUUUGUGCUUGAUUUUGCCUGAAAUGUUGCAGUUAUCUAUUCGUUUAUUUAGCAAUUAUUUAUUGUAUGUUACUAUCUGGAAAGUGUUCUGGGUACUGGGGCUAUUGUUAAAAACCAGCAUUCCUAGUGAAGCCUUUGACUCUCUGGCAGCCUGGGUGCCAGUGGGGAGGCAGCCAGCCCACAGGCAAACAGUAUUUUCUAUAAUUUUGUAUAGUUUAUAUUUUGUAUAAUUUUGGAGAGAAGUGAGGAGAGGUAUUCACUCUUUUUGUUGUUGUUGUUUAGUCACCGAGGUGUGUCCGACUCUUUUGCAACCCCGUGGACUGUAGCCUGCCAGGCUUAUUUGUUUUUACCCAGCUACUAAUGUCUGUAACAGCCACUGGGCAUCUGGGCGCCAUGAUGUAAUGACUACGUGCUCUUACUUUAUCGAAGCCCAGCGUGGGGUCUUUUCCAGUCAUCUUAGGCAGUUCUCACAAGCAGACAUACAAAGCAUGUGUUAUCGGUCCUGUUUCUUCAGACAAAGAAACUGAAGCCCAGAAAGAUUGGGUGCAUUUCUUUACUAAAGGCUAGCUAGUAAUCGGUGAAGGUUUUUUGAAUCAAACCCUUGCUUUCUGACCAUGAAUCUCUUGGUUUUUCUCUGCGUUCUUACUUGAUAGACAUUGGAUCAAUCAUCCACACAGUCUUUCCUUUCUACACUUCAGGUUAAGAGGCUUUCAGGAGUUGGAACAACUUUUACCAGAUCACAACAGGUACAGGUUUUGCUUUUGACUUUCAAAGUGCUUUUAAUAAAGCCUCCUGUCUACUUAGUGGAGAAGAGAAGGAAAGGGAAAAACCAUUUCUAAAAAUCACCCUUGCACACCGCACGGGUUUGCAUAAAUCUCAGCCUUCUCGGGGCUGAUUACACUCUGCAGUCUUCAUUCGGAAAUGGAUGAAAAUGUGAGCCGGGACACAAACAGGAAGGCUCCGAAGCAGCAUUGGUCUCGCAGGCACCACCUCUUUAAAUAGCUCCCAUGCGCUGGGAAUUGUUCUCCACUCCGAGGAGAAGCUGCCUCACAGCCCUUUGUUUCUCGGGCCCGCAGAGCUGGAGGCAGCUGCGGGACAGGUCCUGGCUCCCACGUGGAGGGGGAGACAGAACUCUGUAGGUGGUGGGGUGCAGUGGGCCAAAGGAUGGCCUCCUCACCCCUGGGCCAUGAGGACACCGGGCCACAGAGAUGUUUUGAGCGUCCGUCUCCCUUGAUAGCAUUCGUGACCCUCUUAACCUGCUAAGAGAAAGUCCAUCCCUCGCUGCCGAAGAAUCAACAGGAUGCUCUCCAAUGAGUCCCUUCAGUCCCCGGCGUUCAGCCGCUCCAACUCUCAAGCCUCCGUAGACAGUGCCUCCAUGGAGGAUUUCUGGCGGGAAAUAGAAAGCAUCAAAGAGACCAGCCUGGGGGCUCAGGAGGAACAGACGCCUGCCGAGGCCAAGCCCCUGGACGAAGGAGAACUUGAAGCAGAGUGGUUGCAAGAUGUCGGUUUAUCAACCCUGAUCUCGGGUGAUGAGGAGGAAGAUGGCAAAGCCUUGCUCUCUACUUUGACUCGAACCCAGGCAGCUGCAGUGAAGAAGAGAUACAAUACUUACACACAAACCUUGAGGAAAAAGAACAAGCAAUCUGUCAGGGAUGUCAGAGACAUCUUUGGAGCCAGCGAAUCUCCUCCAGAUGAGUUUUGCUGUGUCCCAGCUCCUCUUCUGGAUGUGAGCCCGGAUGAAGAAAGGAUGCCAACGGUCCCCUGCAGAAAUGGUCAGCUGCCAGGUGAUACCUGUGACAGGCAUGCUAGCGAGCUGGAUGGCGCCCGGGAGGGGAAAGCGCUGCCAGGAACCAUCAAAGCCAGCGGCCCCUUGCCAGAUGGUGCUUCUCUCAACAGUAGUACCCUGUCAGAUGGGUCCCAGGAUGAAGAAUGGAGUUUUACUGUUCCCAGGAGUGGCUCCAUGUCCAUCCUGGAGGCCAUUCCAGACGUGCCAGUUCAUUCCAACGGCGCGGCAGACCCUGGACGGUCGGCGCGGAACGCGGCAAGUGAUGAUGAAUAUCUGGAAAAAAGCAUUCCGGUAGAAGCUGAAGAGCUGUCCUUUGAAGUAUCAUAUUCAGAAAAGCUAACACAGGCUCCAAAAAGGAACAGAUUUAAGAAGUUAGAUUUUAAGAAAGAAGACUAUGUUUUACCUAAAUUUGUUGUUCAGAAAACCAGAUUUGGCCUAACCAAAGCAGAAGAUCUGUCUGCAGAAGACAUGAAGAAAAUCCGCCAUCUCUCUCUGAUUGAAUUGACGGCCUUUUUUGAUGCCUUUCGAAUUCAGCUGAAAAGAAACAAAACAGAGAAAGUCAAAGGACGAGACAGUGGGAUUUUUGGAGUUCCCCUCACAGUCCUGCUAGAAAAUGACCGAAGGAAAGACUCUGGGGUCAAAGUUCCCCUUGUGUUACAAAAGUUCUUUGAGAAAGUUGAGGAAUCGGGUCUGGAAUCCGAAGGGAUCUUUCGACUUUCAGGAUGUACUGCCAAAGUCAAGCAAUACCGUGAAGAACUGGAUGCCAAGUUUAAUGCUGACAAGUUUAAAUGGGAGAAAAUGUGCCAUAGAGAAGCUGCAGUAAUGCUGAAAGCCUUUUUCAGAGAACUGCCCACCUCUCUCUUUCCCGUGGAAUAUAUACCUGCCUUCAUCACUCUAAUGGAAAGAGGGCCUCACAUCCGAGUACAGUUUCAAGCCUUACAUCUCAUGGUCAUGGCGCUGCCUGAUGCUAACAGGGACACAGCCCAGGCCCUCAUGACAUUCUUCAAUAAAGUCAUUGCCAAUGAGUCAAAAAACCGCAUGAGUAUAUGGAACAUUUCUACCGUCAUGGCACCAAAUCUUUUCUUCAGUAGAAGCAAACAUUCUGACUGUGAAGAAUUACUCUUAGCAAACACUGCUGCCCACAUCAUCCGUCUGAUGCUCAAGUACCAGGAGAUGUUGUGGACGGUUCCUUCUUUCUUAAUCUCUCAAGUCAGAAGAAUGAAUGAAGCCACCAUGUUGUUAAAGAAGCCACUCCCAAGUGUCAAAAAGCUGCUAAGGAGGAAGACCAUAGAACGAGGGGUUACAAGCCCCAAGACAUCAAAGGUACUGCAAAAAUCACCCUCUACAAGAAGAAUGUCCGACGUGCCAGAGGGCGUCAUAAGGGUCCACGCGCCCCUUCUCUCCAAGGUGUCCAUGGCCAUUCAACUCAACAGUCAAACCAAAGUCAAAGACAUCCUGGCAAAAUUUCAGUGUGAGAACAGUCAUGGUUCAUCGGAAUGCAUUAAGAUCCAGAACCAAAGGUUAUAUGAAAUUGGAGGUAAUAUAGGACAGCACUGCUUGGAUCCGGAUGCUUAUAUAUUGGAUGUUUAUCAUGUGAAUCCCCAGGCAGAAUGGGUGAUUAAACCCCAACAGAGUGUUUGAAAUCACCCCCCAAGAUGGCAGCUAUCAUAUAUUACAUGCCAAGGAGUCCUACAUUCAGUAGGGAAAAAACAAGCUUCUGACAUGUCUUUCCCUAGACCCUCUCAGUGUUUCUCAGCCCAACUGGUGUCUCCCGGAAUUGUCAGCAUGAAUCGUGGAUGAGGAGCUGGUUGACCAUCUGAGUUGAAGCCGUCUCAUGGUGGUUCCUUGGUAAGAGUGAAGGAAAGAGGGUGUGAUCCUUCCAGAAGAAAGGCCAGCAUAAAAUAUGGAGCUCUCAUCAUUUCUGAUACUUUGACUCACAACAGAAAUGAGCUUGGUCUUUAUACCUGGGGAUAAGAGGCACUUCUCGACGUAACAAAUGCUGCCAAACACAAGAGGUAGAAGAGACUUUUUUAUACCUAUGUUUUAUAUAUAUAUAUAGAGAGAGACCUUUUUGAAUUAGGAUGCAAGAAAAAAAACAAAAAUUUCUUCUCUGAACAGUAAUUUAGAUCUCCUUUCCAAAGAGAAUCUGUUUCCAAAGUCACACAUAACAAUAUUUACGCUCUGACUUGCUCCUGAAUUGGAGGAGGAGGAACUUGUGUGUACAGCCCACUGUACUGUUCUGUAUGCUGUACCGUGUUGUGACUGCUUUCUGGUGCAAGUGAACAUCUCCCUAUCAUGGACUAUUGAAAACGGAUACUUUUAAAGCUUACUCUGUUAUGAACACAUAGUUAAGGUCAGGUUUACAAAGGAUUUUCUUGUGCUUCCAUAACCUUCGGUGCAGUCAGCAGUCCUGGAGCUUCUGUUUCUCAUCAUGAUGAUGGUGCUCAGUGAAUAGCUCUCCAUGUGCCAGGCCCAGAUUGUCUUUCCUCCCCAAACACAUCAUUUUUUAAGUUUCAUGACUGUAGAUAAUCACUUCUGCAGCCCCAGUGUUCAAAUGCAGAACUGCCUUUAUCCAACUGCUCUUUAUCCAAGAGUGCUGAAAAAUACCAUUCUAUCCAGACUUCCUAUGCUAUAAAAACAGAUUUUGUUUGUGUUCAUCCAUCAUAGACUUGGCCAGGCCCCAUGGAUUAGCAUCAGGCUUUAGAAUCAUGAUGCAUGUUGGGUGACCUGAAAACUGCCUCGCUCCCAGAAGCCCACAGAGCCAUUUUUCCAGGCCUGCAGUUGGUGAGAAAGCACAGUUCUCCACGAUUCUGAGAGCAGAUCUGACAUGUGCUGAGAGGUCAGGGAGCCCUGCCUUUCCUCUGGGGACUGCAGCAUAUAGAAACAGGGAUAGAGGUCUCACUUAUCCCACAUGUGUGCUUUGGAUUAGAUCUACAGCUUGAGAUUUUGACAAGCUUAUGUGAGUUUUAAUGAAAUUUAACAUCCAAAUGACUCUCCCUUGCAGUUCAAACAAUAGACAAAGUUGCUUACAAAUGCAGAAAACAUUUUAUCUACUUGCAUUGGUAGGUGGGUUCUUUACCACUAGUGCCACCUGGGAAGCCCUUUAUCUACUUACCAAGUCUCAGAACAUAAUGUGAUGAUAAUUUAAGCCUGUAUUAUAGAAGAAAUCUUUUCCAUGCUCAUUAUGCCUUGAUAUCUAUGAAACCUUGAUUUAUAUUCAACGUUCCUGCCCAUUGGAGCUGUGUUACAUUUUUGUGGAAAGCUAAUAUCCAUUCAUUUUGUUUAUUUGAGAGUUUUUAUUUCCUUUGCUUGAAAACCCAGUGGAAGAAAAACAUGCAUUCUGUUGGUUUAUAUUUAUUCCUAUAUUUCAUCAGUUUUCAAUGUAUGGCUAAUUGACAGCAUGUGAGUUUGCAUAAUGAACUUUGAGGGUCUGAGAAAAUGCAGUUAUCAUUCUUGCAAUUCAAACAACAGGAGUAAGCAUUUUAGUCCGUGUAUUAGUUGCUAAGUUCCAAGACCUAAGAUAGCUGUAACUGAUGCCCACAUACAAGGAAGUUCUUCAAAUUAGGUGCCUUACACUUCUGUGUAUAUAUUAAAACAAUGACUGAUUUCUCUAACUGAAUUUCCUCUCAUUUAGAGUAAAUUCUGUUGUGCUUAGAAAAUUCACCAACCUAGCCAAUUUUUUAUUUCGGAAUUUUUAUUUCUUUUGACUGAAAACACAUUAGCACUGAUGGAAGACUUCUAAAAGUUUUAAGAUUUACCCCAUUAGUCAUUAGUUUUAAAUAAAUGGCUAAAAAAUGACAGUUAAAAAAAAUUAAGUUUCUGAAUUUCUUAUCCACAUUUGAUGUGGAUAAGAUGUGACAUCGUUUAGAUGUCAAAGGCUCAGCCCAGUCAAUAAUCUUAAAUUAAUCACUGCCUUCAAGGAUGUGUGACAACUUUAAAAUAACUAUAUAAUAUGGAAGCCCAUGUCAAUACCAAUAUAUUGGAUGUAACUUGAAUUCUUAGUCAUACAGUUAACUGAUCAGAGAAGAAUUUCCAGUAGACACAUAAACUAAUUUUUGUGAGGUUAAAAAAGUUCUUUUUACUGAUUUUAUUACUUUUUUUAAAACUUGAGUUUAUUCUUAAUGAAUAAACAAACCCGUACAACUAAAACUCAAAAAUGGCAGUCACCUAAGUGUUGAAAAAACUAUACUUGCCUUAUGAAGAGUUGUUUUUCAAUAGUUACAGUCAUCUAUAACAAUGAAUAGUGUAAAGGCAAACAUGAAUAGUGUAUCUGCAAACAAAAGACAAGUCAGACCCUGGGCUUCUAAAUUCUGUUCUUGGUAGCUUCCCCCUCACCUUGUCCCAUGCGCUCUUUGUGUGCAGUUAGGAAAAGGACAUCUAGGAGAGCGCUAGAGAAAGUUAUCGUUUUAGGAAGACUUAUUCAGAAAAAAACACUAGAACGCGCUCCUUCUUGCCUCCAGUCUACAAAAGAAGAUCCCUUUGCUAAACAGCUCCCUUGAUGAUAUGAGUCUUCAGGUCACUGAACAAUGAGUUCAGUGAGUUCAAGGGGAGAUCUUUGAACAAACUGGAAUAUUAAUCUCUUUACAAUGUAUAUACAGUAUAAACUACCUCACUUGUCUUUCCUUGGGGGGAUAAAUGACGGACGUUAACAAUUUUUGUUACAAAUGGUCCCUGAUCUUAUUAUUUAAGUCACUUCACUUAGCUUUCAAUGUACAUUUAAUAAUAUGCAUUUAAUGAUGUAAAAUAUUUUUAGCAAAAGCUUUAAAACCAAAAAUACUCUGUAAUUGUGAGGUGUGUUGUAGAGGCCGAGAGAGUCUGUCCUUUACUUGUCGUCUUGUGCGUUUAACCCUGUGGAGUCACAGGUUUUCAAAUGUAGGAAUUCACUUCAUCAAAUUUCACGCAUUUUCAGCUGUUUUCCCCACACUGCCCUUGACUGAAAGUCACGUGAGAUUAAAGUGCCCCUUCUUUCUGUCAAACAUAUUUCAACUGUUUUUCAUAAAUGUAUUACACAUCUGAAAGGAAUAUAUAUUCUGGGACUCUGUAGUUUUAUAUUUUCUGUCUGGCACUUUCAGCUGUUUUGUUUUGUUUUUUUUUUUCAUAAACAUGUCACUUAAUAAAAAAUAAUACGACAUGGAUUAAAAUGUUUUAAACAUUUUUCAACAGUUGUACACACACACACACCCUUAAUUUAAAAAUGACAUCUUUUCUUUCAGGUAUUUUCCAGCUGUUCUUGGAAAUGAUGUGAUUUGAUUGAAAAGUCAUGUUGUCCCUAGGGUGCCAAUUUUUUAUGUUGUCUCCCAUCUCAAGAGUUAAUGUUCUUUCAUCCCGUCAGUUUCAUUGCCAAGUAUAAUAUGUAUGUUGCAUUUUAUUCAUAAAAAUAAAGAGGAAAAAACCAAAAGCA